AUGGCAAAUAGUGGACAGGAUACAAAUGGGUCACAGUUCUUCAUCUGUUAUGGCAAACAACCUCACCUUGACAUGAAAUACACUGUGUUUGGAAAGUAUGUCACAAGUUGUUAAGUCUCAGUGCUACAUAACAUUAAAACCCUCCCCCAAGACGGGUAAAGCAAAGUGUUGCAAAUCAAUAAUUAUAAUAAUAUGAAUAUUAUCAGUGUCAAUCAUUAAAGGUAAAUAGCUACAUUUGUAAGGAGUUGAGCUGUAGCAUGUGAUUCUAUGUCAUACAUCUCGCAAAAGACAAAGGUCUUGCCUUGGUCUGUGGAGAUCAAGUUAGGUGUGAUCAAGGUAAUGCACUUAUUACUCAAGUGUAGGGGUCACUCCUGAAGGUUCUGUUGAUCUCUUCUAGUUAAUUUUCCUUCAAGUCUUGACCUGCAAGCACAUUGUGCAAACAAUCGGAAAUUUAAAUUUGAUGUAAGAAAUUUAACCAUAGUAGCUGAGUCAUGUCUGAGCACAAGUGUUCAGGUCAAGGCAUAAGUUACCGUUGUUGUUUAUAAUCUGCAGGGUCAUUGAUGGUCUGGAAACUCUUGACGAUUUAGAGAAACUGCCAGUGAAUGAGAAAACAUAUAGGCCACUCACAGAUGUUCGGAUAAAGAAUGUGACCAUCCAUGCCAAUCCUAUAGCAGAAAAAAGCUACUAA